GCUCUGUAUUGCUUUCUGUCUGCUUCCUCGCUCUCCUCGCACACACGCUCUUCUUACGUUCUUCUCGCUUUACUCUUGUUUAGGGUAGCGCAUUUCACCCUCAUUGCUCGGUGGCUUUGCAUUGCCAUGAGCAAUCCGAUUGAUGCCAAGCAUGCGACCAUUGUAGUUCUUGGACUGACUCGGCGUCGCGUGGGUGGGGUGGUGGUUAGUUGGUGCUCUCUUGGGGUUUAAGCAGGAGGAGGAGGAGGGAGGAGGAUUGCUGGCCGGAUUGAGGAGGUGAAUUGCGCGGAAGAGGUGGGAGAGCAGAGUUGUUGACAAGAAUGCUCUUCGUGGAUCCGUUAGAAGCGGUGUUCAGUUCGUUUUUGAUUUCAGGGAAGGCGAAUUUUUCGUAGUGGCGUCGGGAGAGCCAUGUGAAGGAAAAUAGAAUUAUGGAGCCAUCUGUCUCGUCACCCGGUUCGUCAAUGCCUGUGUCGCGGAGCAGCUCGGGGAGCUUUGACGCCAGUUCGGUUGGUUUUAGAGAUUUGGAAGAUGCGUCGCGCAGCAUGGCUGGGGCUAGUGAUGCCGGCCCAAGCUUCAGUUUAGGUGAGAGGUAUAAUCCGGGGGGAAGCUAUAAAAUCAAUGGGAGCUAUGAGGUGGCUGGGAGCGGGAGCGGUGGUGGUGGCGGUGGCGGCGGCGGCGGGAGGAUGGUGAGAGGAUUGGUAAUUAAAGCUGCGUGUCUCAUUGGAGGAGCUUUUCUCCUUCGCAAGUUGACCAAGAGCACAACUCGUUGGGACCAUGCUCGCAAGGUUGCCCAAUCCCUCAGCGGCGAGAAGUUUUCCACAGAGCAAGCAGCCCGAGAUCCUACGACGUAUUUUAAUCUCAGAUUGCUCACUUGCCCAGCCACCGUAUUAGCAGAUGGAGCUCGUGUCAUGUAUUUCGAGCAGGCUUUUUGGAGGACCCCAGAAAGACCGUAUCGUCAGAGAUUCUACAGCAUUAAGCCUUGUCCCAAGGAAAUGAAAUGUGACGUAGAGGUAGGUUCAUACGCUGUGCGAGAUAUUGAAGAAUACAAAAACUUUUGUGACCGCUCCAAAGAUGAAAGGCCUCAACCUGAUGAGGUGCUCAAGGACAUGGCAGAGCAUCUGAACACUGUCUAUCUUUCUGUCUGUGAACGUGGACGGCGUUGUUUGUAUGAGGGGUCUACUCCUCCUGGAGGUUUUCCCAACUCCUGGAAUGGAGCGUCCAGAUGCACAUCAGAAUUGACCAUCUACAAAAAUGGGGAAGUUCAUUGCUGGGACCGUGCCUACGACGAUGAGGGCAAUCAGGUUUGGGGCGUAAGACAAGGGCCUUACGAAUUCAAGACUGCAACGUCUCCACGGAUCACAACUGAAAUUUAACCUUUUCAGUCGCUCUACUUCCAAGAAAAUUUAUGACAGCUUCUGCCUCUGCAGUCAAGAGUUAAGUUUAUUCUCAAGCUGAUUGCUUAAGCAAAGUUGUAUAAGUAACAGUUGUGUAUUGAUUGUUCCUGUACAUGGGUUUACAAUGAAUCGGAAUUAUCGGAACAUUCCAUUUUGGUUUGGGUUUGCAAUGUUUUUCUCCAAAAAACUUGGAUAGACUGUUCUCUCAAGAUAAGUGUUGAAAAUCCUUACAGCAACAUAAAUAUGUUCUCAGGAAUAUGGUCCAUUGUUAGUUGUACUAAACAUAACAUUUUGAUUGGAGAAAGAA